UCUUCUUCAUCGGCCAUGAUGUUUCAAAAUUACUCGCUGGUAAAAAUUUCGCUAAAUUGGAUAGACCCUGUUUCCUAGGCAACGUUUACACAACUCUCUGGAGCUACAGUCUUUCACUGUCUCCUCCUCUCUCCAGCCUGCUGCGGAGCCCCUGCCCGCCGUCUAUUUAAGAAGCCGAUCGUCACGUUUUUGUCAGUCAUCGGGGAAUGGCAAAACUUGUCAGUUCCCCUAAAAAAUACCUUCCUUCGGAGUGGCACAACUCGAACAAGCUCAACUACUCGAGUGCGGAAAAGGAACGAGCCGCCGCCGAGCGGCUGCGGGCAGAAUGCGUACGUCUUCGCAGGGAGACGGACGCCACCAUCGCCCGCAACCAGCAUGACACGGCGCACAAGUUCUCGCAGAGGCUCCGCGAUGUCGAUUUCUGGAAGAGCGAGCUGCAGCGUAAGCUCGCCGACAACGCGAGCGAGACGGAGGUGCUCGUCCAUCGGCGAGAGCGACUGGAAGAAGCGCUGGCUAGCACGCAGUUCCCGCUGGAGGUGGCGCAGACCUGCCUGAGCCUUAGGCAACAGAGGACGGCCAUUGACCUCGUGCAGGACGACGUGGAGAUGCAACUGCUCAAGGAAGUGGCUGUCAUUGAAGCAGUGCAAGAUUCCUUGCAGAAGACUUUGGACCAAACAGUGGAGCAGAUUAGGGUCCUCCGCUCCUACAAGUUCAAGCUGGAGAAGGAUCUCCGAGACAAGCUGGGGGCACAGGACAUUGACACCACGUGUGCCGGUCUCACCAACGACCGCAGAGACCUCACUUACAGCCCCGAGGCCGUCAAGAUCCAGUCCAACUCAGUGACCCCAGAACAUUGGGCCUCUUUGACUGAUACAAACAUUGCCAAGGCAGAGGAGCAGUGCAAGGCAUCGGCCACGCUCUGCGGAGUCAUUGACAGCAUCCUCAACCAGUGCUCCCAGGACGUCGAAACCCAGCGAGGAAAGGUGGAUCUCUCCUUGGAGAAGAGAGCCCAGGAAAUAGCUGAUGCCAAGAAGACACUGGAGCAACAUCUGGCCAAGCUGGUGGUCGGGCCAGGAACCAUUGAGUGAGCACCCAUAGUAGCGAUGGGCAGAAUCAGAGUGUCUCCCACACGUCUUAGUCGAGACGUGGGUUCCUGUGGCCAUCCCCUUGCCCCACACCACAUGGCAGUCCCACACCCGUGGUGCAUACCACUGCUAAUUGAGGCAGCCAUACAACUCCAGCAUUCCACACACUCUGCACACACACACAGUUUGUUUUCAUACUCCCACUUGAGUGAAGUGGUAGAGGCCCGCUGAUAGUGGCUUCCGUCCUCCACUUUUCCCUUGAGUAAGUAAGGCAGAUAACUGUGGAAUGCACAUACUUUCCACUUCAUUAUAAACUUCCUGUCUUGUUCUAGAUUCUGGGGGAGAUAGAUGCUAUGGAGAGGAAUAUCCAAGAGUUGAAGAAGACGGCGGCAGCAAAGGAAGGCCCAAUGAAGCUCGCCCACACUCGUCUCGAGCUACGGUCUCACCGCCCCAACACCGAACUGGUACGGGACCCAGUCCAGUACGGUCUGGUGGACGAGGUCGGGGGGAUAGCCGGUUCCUUUGGGGAGCUCCGCGACCGGCUCUCCGACUCCGAAGACGCUCUGCGCGGCCUUAUUCGGUGUCAGCUCACCCUCGAGGAGGACAUAGCGGUGAAGAUCAACUCCCUCGACAUCGAAGGCCAGUGCACGGACCUCAGAAAGCAGCUAACUGCUGUUUCAGCUACAGACACCAAUUAACCCCAUUACUUCAAACAGACGGCAGCCCGAUCCAACCCCGAUUAUACACUUUCAUGAGAAAAAGACUCACUUACUACUUUUAUUAUACAGCAGAGGAUUCGGCAACAUAUCACUUAUUUUGUUCUCCUCACUCUCUGCGACGGAAAAGCUUGGCACGCACUAUUUAAUUAGGACCUUUCUCGGAAGGAACUUACCCGUUGGAAACCUCGUUACCACUUAUUAGCAAACUCUUCCCUCACAAGCUGUGUGCUGUACUAAAAACCACUUAUCACUUAGGGCUACUUGCUUUUGCAAAAGUUGCUCAUUUUGGUCAAAUGCUUAACCAAAUAUCACUUAAAAUAUGUGGUCGGUUUGUGUUCUACCACUUCAACCAAAUAUCACUUACAACGUAUGUAUGUAUGUAGUCAGUUUGUUUUCUUACUUGUACAACCAAAUAUCACUUAUUGACUGUAACUUGUCGUCAUUACCCUGUAAAUUCGGUGAUAGUUUGUGUAUCGCACACAGCCACAUGUUAUGUUCACCUGCCACCCUUGUACGUACUCUUUCCUCCCCCAAAGAAAAUGUUUUUGCCGCAUGUAAAUAUAUACACUGCCCCUGGCAUCUCACCUAAACACACUCCUAAAGUGUAUUCUCAGCUCAUCUCUUCCCCUCCGCGGACUACUUCAGCUCUUAGUCCAUCAAUGUACAAUGCUGUUCUACUUUUAUUGUGAUGAUGUUAGGUUCUGUGCAGAGUUGCGUA